AUGAGAUUGAGGUUGUUUGCAUUGUCUCUUACUGGAGAGGCGAGUAACUGGUUGAAUGAAAUGCCAGAUGACUCCAUCAGAACUUGGAAUAAGUUGAAAGAAGCUUUCCUGGAACGAUUCUUCCCAGAAUCAAAAGAGUUGCAGAUGAAGGACGAGAUUAGUACACACAAGCAGCUACUAGGAAAAGCAAUGCAUGAUGCUUGGUGGAGGUUCAGCCAAAAGUUGAAGAAAUGCCCCAACCAUGAUCUUACUGAAAGGCAUCUUAAACAUGCAUUUUAUAGGUCUCUGAAUUAUGUUACUAAAUAUGUUGUUGAUGCAGUUUGUGGAGGAUCAUUUAUGAGGAAGUCAUUUGCCGAGAGCAUACAGCUAUUGGAUGAGGUCUCAAAGAACAACAGAGCAUGGUACACUAGAGAUGCAGAGGUAGGAGAGCUUGGGUAUACAUUUGAGCUUUCAACUAAACAAAGGAAGAGAGAAGAAGAAAGGGACCAAGACAAGGCACAUAUGAGGACUCAAAUAGACCUGCUCACAAAGCACAUUGUCGCCAAGUCUGAAAAGGUGAAUGUUGUGGGACAGUUGAAAAGGUAUGAAGAUCCAGAUAUUGACAUUGAUGAGGAAGCUAACUAUUUGGGGAACCAAGGAGGUUUACAUAAUUAUAACUCUGGAAAUCAGGGUUACAAUUCUGGAAAUGCAGGUCGGAGUUAUGCUAGGGAUGGUAAUAGAGACCGGGCGAGUGGUAGUUCUAGCGGGUCUAAGCUUGAGGACAUGAUGGCUAAGGUACUUCAGAAGAUUGAGUCAACCGAUGCAGGGGUGAAAGAAAUGAGAGGUGACUUCUCGAGCAUGAGUCAGUUGGUGGACUCUCACACCACCCCUAUUAAAAAAAUAGAGCAGCAGUUGAGGCAACUCUCAUCCUCACUGAAUCAGAGAAUGAAUGGAUCACUACUAAGUGAUACCAUUCAAAAUCCCAAGAAGGACGGACACUGCAUGGCCAUCGCCACCAGGAGUGGUAAAGUUCUUUCUGAUCCUAUUUCUGCAGGUACCAAGUAUGAACAAGUCUUAGACCAAGCUAGCAGAGAGGAAGAUGAGACUAUACAGGUAGAUGAUCUGGAGGAGGCUCAACAGGCUCAACCUAAAGCACAACCUGUGAGAGGAAAAGAGAAAGAGAUUCAGAAAGACCUGCCCUUACAGCAGAUUCCCAGGCCACCUCCUCAUUUCCCUCAAAGGCUCAAAAAGAAAGCUGAAGAUGGAAAGUUUACGAAAUUCAUCACCAUGUUGAAACAACUUUCAGUAAACAUUCCAUUGGUAGAAGCUCUGGAGAAGAUGCCAGGAUAUGCCAAGUUUAUGAAAGACUUGGUUACCAAGAAAAGAGUUGUAAGUCAUGAUUUUUUUAACGAUGUUCAUCAUUGCAAUGCCAUUGCUACCAGAUCUCUGGUUCAGAAAAAGGAGGAUCCAAGUGCAUUCACAAUACCAUGCACCAUUGGGCCAAUCAAGUUUGCAAAAGCUUUAUGUGAUUUGGGAGUAGCAUAA